AAUGAGUUGUUAUUUUUGAAGAUAUUCAAUAAUUGAAUAAUUAAAUGUUACUGAAGACUAUGUAAAUACAUUAACGACUCUUCUUUGAUCAGAAUUAGACCGUUUUUAUAAAUAUUUGUUGGGCAAGAUUCUGUGGAGAGAUUAAUAGUAGUCAAGUGUAAGUAAAGACAAUGGCUAGUCUUCGACUUCGCCAAUUGGAAGAAUACCUGCAACAACUGGAUGUAUUUGAGAGACCAAAAGUCUCACUAGAGCAAUAUGCCACCAGCGCGCAUAUUGCCUCGCAUAUGUUGUACACCGCACAGUCACAGUUUAGUGAUGUAGAAGGUAAAAGCGUAGCGGAUUUAGGUUCUGGAUGCGGUGUAUUGUCAUUAGGUGCCAAAAUGCUCGGUGCUGAGUAUGUGGUUGGAUUUGAGAUAGAUUCGGACGCGAUCGAUAUACAGUAUGAAAAUUGCAAUGACUUGGAACUCUUCGUUGAAGUUGUGCAAUGUGAUGUGCUGCAAUAUUUACCAGGAAAAUUUGAGAAACACUUUGAUACUGUUGUGAUGAAUCCACCUUUCGGCACGAAGAACAACGCCGGUGUCGACAUGAAAUUUCUGGAGGUGGCGAUUAAACUCUCGUCCAAUGCGGUUUACUCGCUGCACAAGAGCAGUACGCGAGAUUACGUUCUUUCGAAGGCGGCGCAGCUCGGCGCGAAGGGAACGGUGAUAGCGGAGCUCAGAUACGAUCUACCAAGAGCUUACAAAUUCCACAAGAAAACUUCCGUCGACAUUCGGGUGGAUUUUAUAAGAUUCGAAUUAAAGCGCUGAUUUUUUUUUGUCCGAAAACACGCCCGUCUGAUUUAUUCGAACUUGAUUCCCUGAGCAAGAGGAAGCUCGUUUCCGUGAUUGAUCGUGAUCGUCGCACGUCGCAUGUAAUGUUUCCACGCAUCGCUUCCGCUUUCGCGGCCCCCGCCAGUGGCCUUUUCACCGCCAAACGCACCGCCUAUCUCGGCGCCGCUAGUGCCGAUGUUGACGUUGACUAUUCCGCAAUCUGAUCCGUGAGGGCCGAUCCACUGCGUAUAACAAACGGAAUUCAACAAGUUCGUUUCACGUACA